ACACAGCUUCUGUCCUCUUGGAGGCAAUGGAAUACAUACAAUUUCUUCACGAACAAGUUAAAGUGUGGAGUGCUCCAUACCUCCAAACCUCACCUACAAUUAAUAUGCAGAUUGUAGAGCAUUAUAGCCUGAGAAACCGAGGUUUAUGUCUUGUUCCAAUCUCUUGUACUGUCGGAGUUGCUCGGAGCAAUGGUGCUGAUAUUUGGGCUCCCAUCAAGACCACAUCUCCAAAUUUGAUUAAGCCAUCUCACAAUCCAGCAUCUCAUUUCACGGUAACCGGAAGGCUUCGAAAUCCAGUAAAUCGGUUUAGUAGGUAACCGACUUAUCAUCCAAGGCACAAACUAUAAAGGAAUAUGGUUGUAGGCAAAUUAUUAGUCUUAGAUUGGUAGCAUUGUGUAUCUAAAAUGCAGUC